ACGCAGAAUACAUGACCACUUCCAAUCCAUUGAGCCCAAUCCGUGCAAAGGUUCUGACCGCGGCGAUUGCGGCAGCUGUUAAGUGAUGGCGCAUUGACCCACUCCCCCCACCUGUGGCUGUGGGUUGUUGACUUUUGCAGGGAGAUACACGGAGCAGCAGCGCGGCGCGCAGAGCCGUGUGAGUGUGCGCGUAAAGGAAAACCGGCCUGUGUGCGCUCCGGAGCUCCCCGAUCUCAGGAGGCGCCCACCCACCCACUGCUGUCACUCCUAGGUUUUUACUCAAAACUCGUAUUUGGAGCUGAAAGAGGGAUGUGGAGCUGAUUACUCUGUCUUCAACCCGGUGUGAUCCCCGCAGGAAGAAGAGAUGAGCGGCGACACAGACUGGCUGGAGGGCGACUGCGCCCCGGAGGAGGCCCGGUCCGCCCCCCAGUGGUCGGAGGAGCGCUGCGAGGAGCUGUGGGAGCGCGUGGAGGGAGUGCGGCACAAGAUCACACGCAUCCUCAACCCGGCCAAGCUCACGCCGUACCUGCGGCAGUGCAAGGUCAUCGACGAGGAGGACGAGGACGAGGUGCUCAACUCCACGCAGUAUCCGCUGCGCAUCAGCAAAGCCGGUCGUUUGCUGGACAUCCUGCGCGCUCAGGGCCAGAGGGGCCUCCAGGCCUUCAUGGAGUCGCUGGAGUUUUACCACCCGGAGCAGUACACCCAGCUGACAGGAAAAAAACCCACUCACCGAUGCUCCCUCAUACUCGAUGAGGAAGGUCCAGAGGGUCUGACUCAGUUCCUGCUGCUGGAGGUUCGCAAACUGAGGGAGCAGCUCCGAAACAGCCGCAUGUGCGAGCGCCGGCUGUCGCAGCGCUGUCGCAUGGCGGAGGAGGAGCGCAGCCGGGCCGAGCACAAGGCGCAGGAGCUGCGGCACGACAAGCUGCUGCUGGAAAGGCUGCGUCAGGACUGGGAGACGGCCAGUCGGGAGCUGGGUAAGCUGAAGGACCGACACCUGGAGCAGGCAGUGAAGUACUCCAGGGCCCUGGAGGAGCAGGGCCAGGCCUCCAGCAGAGAGAGGGAGCUGCUGAGGCAGGUGCAGGAGCUGAAGUCCAGACUGACUGAGGCAGAUAAAAGGACAGAAAACGCGGGCGGCCCAGAGAUCAACACAACAAACGGCGCCCUCUCCAACGGGAUCAAUGGCUCCGCACCAGAACGACAGGAGGAGCCGCCGCACCUCACUGAUGCUCAGAAAGCAGAGAGAAAGGCAAAGAAGUCCGAUCCCUCCACUGGAGUCAUCGCCCUGAUGGAUAUCUUGCAGCAGGACCGCAGGGAGGCUGCAGAGCAGAGACAGGAGCUGUGUGAGAUCAUCACCAGACUCCAGGGAGAGCUGCAGGCCACCGAGGAGAACCGGGCCAAGCUGGAGGAUCAGUGCGAGCAGCUGCAGCUGAAGGUGAGGACUCUCCAGCUGGACUGGGAGACGGAGCAGAAGAGAAGUCUGUCCUACUUCAACCAAACCAUGGAACUGGAGAAGGAGAGAGACCAGGCUCUGCGCAGCCGAGACAGCCUGCAGCUGGAGUACACCGACUGCCUGCUGGAUAAGAACCGGCUGCGCAAACACAUCGCAGAGCUGCAGGCCAACCUGGAGCAGCAGCAGAGAGAGCUGGAGAGGGAGCGAGAGCGCUGCCGCGAGCAGAUGCAGCAGAGUCCCUGUCUGAACUGCUCCCACUUGUCCCUGUGCAGCGAGGACCAGUGCUUCGGCCCCUGCUGCUCCCUGGACCUGGAUCUAAGCCUGCAGCCUGUUCUGAGGAAGACGCCCCCUAGAGGCCAAAACAACGAGAACUCUGAGGGUUCAAUCUACAACUCAGAGGAGAACCUGCUGUCUUCAUCUAAAGAUAGCGAGAAGGAGAUAAACCGCCUGUCCACGUUCCCCUUCCCUCCGUGUGUGAACUCCAUCAACAGGCGCUUUCACACGGAGUUUGAUGUGGAGUCUUGGGGCAGCGACGAGAACGAUAAUAUUCCAGGGGAACAGACUGAACCGUCUCUGUGGGAUUCCUGGACCUCUUUGCACUCCCAUCUCUUCCCCCCAGAUUUGGUCAACCUGCCCCCAGUUCCUUCUGGCACCUCCAGCCCCAAUGUUCCCAGGAAGCCACCUUCACCCUGCUCUCCACCUUCAAGCCCCUCCACCUCGCCGAAGCUCGGAAGAGCCAGCCUGGCCGACGACAUCACCAUAGUUGGAGGAAAUCGGACCGGGAUCUUCGUGAGCCAUGUGAAGGCCGGCUCUCCUGCCGAGCAGUGUGGGCUGAAGGAGGGCUGCGAGCUGCUGGAGCUGGACCGGGUUCUGUUUGGCGGGGCGAGUGUGCAGCUGACUCAGUGCACCGCUGAGGUGGCCCACUUCUCCCUGCAGUGUUGGACUGAGCCCUCAUCGCUCAAACACCAGAGCAACCCGGAGGGCUACUCCAAGCUCCGCUCAGAGCUUUCCUCACCGUCCUUUGCGGGCGCCGACUCUUUCUAUGCUCGGGUCAACCUCAACAUGGAGCCUCAUGGCGAUCCCCCGACUUUGGCCGUGUCUUGCGAUGACAUCAUACAUGUCACAGACACGAGGCACAACGGGAGGUACCAGUGGCGCUGCUCGCUGGUGAACCGGGAAACGGCCGUACCCCUGCAGACGGGAACCAUGCCCAACUACAACAGGGCACAACAGUUGUUGCUCAUAAGGUUACGAAAAAUGUCAGUGGAGCAGAAGGACUUCAAGAAGAAGAUGUUUGUAAAGAAAACAUCUGACCGAGUCCGACUGGUCAAGGCGGUGGAUCCCACCUGUCGGGGUUCUGCUUCCUCCAAGCAAAUUUUUUACACUCUCAGCAAACGUCAUGAGGACCACUUGAUCCCGUACAGUCUGGUGAAGCCGGUGAAGGUCCAGACGAAGCGGCCAGUCAUCUUCUCGCCCUCGCUUCUGUCCCGCAGGCUGAUCGAGAGGCUGCUGCAGCCGGCGGAGUCCGGUUUGAAUUUUAACACCUGCCCACCUGAGCCCAUUCAAGCGUCGGAACAAAAGGACAAAAGGAUAUUUCUGCUGGAUUCCUGCAGUCCAGAGCAGGCUCUGGGAAUACGGCUGGAAUCAAUACAGGAUGUGAUCAGUCAGGGCAGGCAUUGUCUGCUAGAGCUGGGGCUGCCCAGCGUCGAGGCUCUGCUGAGGCAGGGGAUUUACCCCAUUGUCAUCCACAUUCGCCCCAAAAACAAAAAGCACAAGAAGCUAAGGAAGCUUUUCCCGAGGUGCGGCGAGGACAGCAUAAUGGAGGAAGUAUGCCAGGCCGAGGAGCUGCAGCUGGAAACGCUGCCGCUGCUUUACUACACCGUGGAGCCGAGCACCUGGAGCUGCACCGAGGAGCUGCUGGAGGCCCUGCGCAACGCCGUCCACAGGCAGCAGGGGGCGGUAGCAUGGGUGGAACUUGACAGGCUGCAGUAGAAGAAGAUGGACGUGCGCACACUGU